AUGUCCUUUCCCAACAGCUCUCCUGCCGCUAAUACUUUUUUAGUAGAUUCUCUCAUCAGUGCGUGCAGGAGUGACAGUUUCUACUCCAACAGCGCCAGCAUGUAUAUGCCACCUAGCACAGACAUUGGGACGUAUGGGAUGCAAACCUGUGGACUCCUUCCGUCUCUGGCUAAAAGAGAAGUUAAUCACCAAAAUAUGGGUAUGAAUGUACAUCCUUAUAUACCUCAAGUAGACACUUGGACAGACCCGAACAGAUCUUGUCGAAUAGAGCAACCUGUUACACAGCAGGUCCCCACUUGUUCCUUCACUACAAAUAUUAAAGAAGAAAGCAAUUGCUGCAUGUAUUCCGAUAAGAGAUCCAAACUCGUUUCUGCAGACGUCCCUUCCUACCAGAGGCUGGUGUCUGAAUCAUGCCCCAUUGAGAACCCCGAGGUUCCCGUCCCAGGAUAUUUUAGACUGAGCCAGACCUACGCCACUGGGAAAACCCAAGAGUACAAUAAUAGCCCUGAAACGAGUUCAACUGUAAUGUUACAGUUAAACCCUCGCGGCAGCUCCAAACCGCAGAUAUCUGCUCAACUUCAGCUGGAAAAGAAAAUGAAUGAAAACCCGAACAACCAAGACAGCACCGCUAAAGUCUCUCAAGUGGAAAGUCCCGAGCCCAAGUCCACGUUGCAAGACGAGCGGAGCUGCCUGCCCGAAGGCUCCGUGUCCAGCCCAGAAGUCCAGGAGAAGGAGAGUAAAGAGGAAAUCAAGUCUGAUACUCCAACAAGCAAUUGGCUAACUGCAAAGAGUGGCAGAAAGAAGAGGUGUCCUUAUACUAAACACCAAACACUGGAAUUAGAGAAAGAGUUCUUAUUCAAUAUGUAUCUCACUCGAGAGCGCCGUCUAGAGAUCAGUAAGAGCGUAAACCUCACUGACAGGCAGGUCAAGAUUUGGUUUCAAAACCGCAGAAUGAAGCUCAAGAAGAUGAGCAGGGAGAACCGAAUCCGGGAACUGACCGCUAAUCUGACCUUCUCUUAAACCCUAACCCCGGGGGGGGCACCAGUGAGGAAUGGGCACAGCACCGCCACUUGCUAAAGGCAGGAGAGACUCUGGCAAAACCCGGCAUUUUCCAGUUUUGUUUUGGUUUUUUUUCUGAUAGAAUGUGACUCUUCGUCCUUCUUUUAGCGCUGCAAGUGAAUAUGUAUUACUAUGAUGAGUAUAUAUAAAACCUAGCACGUGUAAUUUAUUUUUGUUCUCAUCGUAAUGCAGGGUAACUAUUAUUGAAUAUUAUCAUUUGGUCUUAACUUAUUGGAACUGUCGAACAUCCAAGCAAUGUGACUUUUUCAUGUUUUUACUAACAAAAUGGUAUUUAUGUGGGGCUGUUACACGGGCCAUAACGUUUU